AUGCAGUUUGGUGGAACUAUCUUAGAAGGGUCCUUGAACAGUGCUAGAAGGGAAAACGGGUUUUCUUACGGUGGUGGAAAUCAAAGGGUGACAGAGGGCAUCUGGCUUUGGAGUAAACCUUUUAUUAUUCCUGAUCCAAGCACAGCUGGAGGAAAGCUGUGUGUACUCCUCAUGGACACGCAGGGGAUGUGGGAUGGGCAGACAGGUCAAGGGUUGACAACGAGUAUUUUCGGUUUAUCGACACUCCUCUCUUCCUAUCAAAUUUACAAUGUCCAAAACCGGUUACAAGAAGACCAGCUCCAGCACUUAGCGAUGUUUUCAGAAUAUAGUUUAAAGAUCAGUGAAGUGAAGAAAUGGAAGGAGAAAGCGCCAUUUCGUCAUAUCGAUUUUCUGGUGCGAGAUUUUUCAGCAUUUUCGAAUGAAAAAGAUGUAGAAUCCUGUCUGGAAGAAAUGAAGACUUAUAAACAAGAGUUUUUAGCUCCUCGAAAUGCAGAUGAUCUCAAUGAAACGCGAAACAAGAUUCGAAAAUGCUUUGAAGAGAUUGAUGUGUUUUGUCUGCCUCACCCAAAUCGAGAGGUUACGACUUUGUCAUUUAGUGGAGUUAUCGAUUCCAUCUAUCAUCCAUUCCUCGCUUUGUUAGGAUACUAUGUCGAUCACUUGUUUCGAAAUUGGAUACAACCCAUGGAAGUGAACAACCGAAUCGUGUAUGCCAAGGAUUUCGAAUCGUAG